AUGUGUAUAUCCUGGAAUAUCCAAAGUAAGAGUGUUAAAGCUUUCAUUAAUCGACACGGCAAUGAUAACGAUUCAACAGAUUAUGAUCUGCAAAGUAGCGAUAUUCUGGAAGCGUCAUAUCACAAAUUUGUCCACAAAAAUCGUGCUGUUUUGGCCGCACGCGUUCGCGAAUGUUGGAGUGAUCCUGCAGUGGUAAAACUGCUACCAGAAAGAAAAAUUCUGGUGGCGGCAGGACCUGACGAAUCAGAAAUCAAGUUAGAGAAAAAUUGUCCAUCAACACUUGACUAUAUGCUUCAAUCAGAUCAUGUUGAGGCUGAUACGCGCAUGUUGCUACACGCGCAAGUUAUCCGUUACGAUGAUUACAAAACAGUUGUCAUUCAAGCAAACGACACGGAUGUGAUUAUAUUAUCCAUUGCCCAUGGUCUAUCUACUGGUGUUGAUAAUCUUUACAUCAAAUCGUUCAAUACAAUGACUAAAAUCGCCACAUGCAUUAAUCCACUUCGAAUCGCACAAGAAUUGAAACGAAAAUUUUCCGUUGACCCAACCAUUUUGCUUGUCAUCCAUGCUUUAUCCGGUUGCGACACUACAUCAUUCGUCAGGAACAUUACUAAAAGCAAUUUUUUUCGUACUUAUUUCAACAAUUACAAACGAUUUUCUCACCUGAAUGAAUUUUUUACAUCACCGUUAUCAAACAAAGCAGUUGUAGCUGCAGAGCAGCUUCUUUUAGCUUGUUAUCCGUCCUCUAGGACGCAGACUUCUCUGGACGAACUACGUGGAAUAAUGGCCGUCACUGCCUUCAAACAAAGUCACAAAAUUAUCGCUGCUAAUCUUCCACCAACGUUCAACGCAUUUUAUCACCAUUGUCUUCAUGUAGCCCGUCAAACUGACAUUUGGUGUCGAACGUUUGAACCGUAUUUAAAUCUACCACCAUUGGAUAUUUGCAAUGGCUUUACGAAGAUUAGUGAACAAGUGUAG